UGUCCAAGAAGGCUCUCUCUCUCUCAAAAAACCCGGGUACGAAAAUUAACCUCCCUCCCGCAUAUAAAAUGACAAAGCUUCUAAACGUCACUUCAUUCUCUCUUCUUGUCGCCUUGAUCGGCUUGCUAGCCCUGACCUGCAAGUGCGACGCAACAACUUAUAUGGUCGGGGAUACUUCCGGGUGGGACAUCAGCACCGAUCUCGAUACAUGGACAAAUGACAAGACUUUCAACGUGGGAGACGUUCUUGUGUUCCAGUACUCGACAUCAAACAGUGUGGAAGAAGUGAACAAGGACAGUUUCGAUAACUGCUCUGCCACAAACGCCCUUCAGACAUUCUCAAAUGGCAACACGACGGUUCCUCUUACGAGACCAGGGCCCUGGUACUUCAUCUCUGGAAACAGAUUGUACUGCCUCGGUGGAAUGAAGCUUCAGGUGAACGUUGAGAGCAGCCAGGCCAACUCAACUGCUGCAGGCGCGCCUAUGGCAGAGCCAGGAUCUCCCAGUGCCCUCCCUGGGUCUUCCUCCAAGAACAACAACCCGUCCAUCCCUGCUUCAAGUGCAUUCUCCAUCCAAGCUGUAGCCGGCCGCAAGCUGCUCCUAGGACUUGUCUCAGCCUUUCUAGGACUUGUAGGCCCACUGUUUAGCUCCUAUCGCUUACUACAUGACUAGCUAGUCUUGUCUUCUGUGAGCUCAGAUAUAUAGCUUUCCACAAAGGCCGGAUCUAUGUCUAUAUAAACAUAGAUCAAUCAAUGACAACUACCCACAGGAGGAGUGAUUGGUGAAUCGAUCACCAAAGGUUGCAGUUUCAACUUAUUGAUUCAUUGAGUUUCACCACAUCUUUACUAUAGGAAGGAAUUAAUUAUGUUGGUUUCCCAUA